AUGUUCUCUAGCACGCGGCGCACAGUCCGGCCCAAUCACUUUCAUGACUUGGGCGACUUCAUUGAAAGCACCGAUACGAGCAAUGCGGACAGAGAUUCGAGAAUCACUUGGGCCAGUGGCUACCAAGAAAGACUCACCCCUGGAACCAUUAUCUAUGUCAAGGACAAACCAGGCAACAGUCGCAUAAACGACACAGUGAUGCUAGUCCUGCGCAGGAGCACCGACACCCAGUCUUCCUUGACAUGUCUGUCCUUCUGCGCGCAUCGGGGGCGCAAACUGGCCUCACUCCACAAGACUCAUCGGCUUGUUGUACCCCCGGUGCAGGGACCUCGUACAGACCCGACCCUGUCACGGCAACAAACUCCUACCAGCGCAAACACCAGAGGCGGAGGGCUGAAUCUAGAGGAUGCUGAGGUUGAACUAUAUAUCAACGGCUUCCGGCUCAAACAAGAACUGACACUGAACUGCGAAGAGUUAUGGAACGUGGAGCGCGAGGUCGAUGUUGCGGUCAUCGGCGAAGUGACCGCAUCGUCAUUUAAGGAGGUGGUCAGCCAUGUCAAGCAGCUAUUUGUUGAGUCGUUAGAGCAGGCAGUGAAAGAUUCGCAAGGCGCUGUUCCGGCCGAGGCGACACCAACUCGAUCAACUCCAAAGAACAAGACUAACGACCCAGCCAAGGCACGUAAGCACCAAAGCAACGACAAAAGGAAACGAACACGAUGGUGA